AUGGGAGCUGUUUUAGUAGAAAUAAUAAAUGGACUUUUAAGCUCCAAAACGGAUAAAAUUCGACGGGCCACUGCAGCCUUGGCACGGGCCUUGGAGAAUCCCGAGGCGAUACUGGGCUUCUGCAACAUUCUGGUCUCCUCCACCCAGACUGACAUCCGGCAGUACGCUGCAGUGAUCCUCAACAAGCGACUGUCGAAGCUGGGACAUUGGCAGCUCCUAGGCCAGGAACUGCAAGGCCAGAUCAAGCACAUGAUGCUCCAAGCCCUCAUCGCCGAAGAGGCGAAGAAAGUGAGGAGUAGCAUCGGUCAGGUAGUGGGCAGCCUGGUGCGCCACGAGGUGGAUAAGACCGACUCUUGGGUGUCGGAGCUGCUGGAAUUUGUUUUCAACAAGUGCGCUUCGUCGGAGUCCGUGGAGAGUGAACUGGGCUCCACCAUAUUCUGCACACUGGCCGACACAGCGCCGGACCAGUUCGUCCUUCAGCUUGAAAGAGUGUGCCAGCUUUUCGCCAGGGUAAUGGUGGCGGCACAUAGCCAGGGCCACAUCGUCACCCCAACUAUCAGUAACCUGGUUACCGGCAUGAGCUACCUGAUGCCCGUUAUUGAGGGGCAUCCAGAAGCGGUAAACACUGUGGCCGGGGUGAUGUCGGAAAUCCUUAACACCGUCCGAGCUUUCGCGUAUACCAACGAUGUUCAGGAGUUCAUCUCGGUUUUUAGCAUCCUGGAGAGCAUGGCCGACCACGUGCCUCGGCUGCUGAAGGAUGUUAGGCCCGUGUUGGAUUGCUGCCUGGAGGUGGCCAGCAACAAGGAGUUGGAGGAGGGCAUCCGCUCCGAGACCAUUACCUUCGUGGCGCGCUUAGUGCUGCUUGAAGAAAAGAAUGUGAUCGAGCAGGGGCUGCUGGAGCCCAUUCUAAAGGUUUCGUUUGAGAUGAUUUGCUGCUCCUCGGGCGACGACAACGAGGAUUACUACACGACCGAUGGUAGCAGCAGUGUGCUCUCCUCCGCUCUUCAGGCUCUGGAUGUUUUGGCAGUGAACACUUCGGCAGAGGUGCUAAUGCCGCCCCUCCUGCAGAUCCUUGAAGAGGCCCUGGCACACCACGACCCGAUUCGCCGCCGCGCUGGCUUCCUGACCUUGGCAGUCAUGGCCGAGGGAUGCGCCGCUACCAUCGUGAAGCAGUUUCUGGAGCCGAUGCUCCACACCAUAAAGAGCGGGAUAAUCUGUCCAUCGGCACUGCUGGUCACCGAGGUUACGAUGGGCCAUCCCGAGAAUUUUUACGCCCUGGACACCUUCAUCAAGCACCUGAAGGACGAGGUGAAGCCGCACUUGGCGCUGCUGAUGGAGCGCCUCUCCGAAGCCUUGGUCGUCCAGACCGCCCCCAAGCUCUGUAACCUGGCCUUGUCCACCAUAGCGUUAGUGGCUGCUGCUGCCAAGGGUGAGUUCACUCCGUAUGUCCCCCGUGUGGUACCCAUUAUUCUGGAGCACAUGCUGGCAGAGGAGGACCAUCAACAGAACCGCCUGAAGGCAAUGGAAAUUCUGGCGAUCAUUGCCCGCUUCGUCGGGAAAGAGAGCUUCAUGCCGCUGACCAACGACACCAUGCUAUUCUGCCUGUCGAUUAUGGAGCACAGGGCCGAGGAUAGGGAUAUGCUCAGGCACGCGUACAACCUGAUGGGAGCCAUCUCCAACGUGGCCAACGAGGAAAUGGGUGCUGUUUCCCCAAGAUCAUGA